AUGGAGGUCAUCAGAGAGCAAAGAUUUGUGACGCCUAAUCAUUUCUCUCAAUUCUUUUCCAACUACUCAAAACAUGAUGAUUACUUCAAUUCUUUUCCACCUGGAUAUCGAUUCCACCCUACAGAGGAAGAACUCAUCAUCUUCUAUCUCAUGAAGAAAAUCAUGAAUGAGCCCUUGCCACCAAAUCAGAUGCUUGAAGUGGAUGUAUAUCAGCAUGACCCUCAAAUUCUUUGUCGAAGGUACAAGAGUGCUUGUGAAAAAGAAUGGUACUUUUUCUCACCAAGGGAAAGAAAGUAUCCAAAUGGAGUGAGACCAAAGAGGUCAACAAAAGAUGGGUAUUGGAAGGUUUCAGGAUCAGAUAGAUUGAUUUAUUCAAAAGGAAUGAUUGUUGGAAAAUGGAAUACGUUGGUUUAUUAUAGAGGCAAGGCUCCUACAGGAACGAAGACGAAUUGGAUCAUGCGUGAGUAUAAACUUGCUCAACAUUCUCACAAGAGAACCGGUGCUUUUGACAUGAUGCUAGAGAAUAUUAAGCCACAGCCAACACUUUCAGUAAAGUUUUUGACUGCAGCUAAAUGA